CUAAAACAUAAUUUUAUAAAAACCUUUAAAAAUGUCGUAUAUGUUAGCACAUUUACACAAUGGUUGGCAAGUAGACCAAGCCAUACUAUCAGAAGAAGAUAGAGUUGUUGUGAUACGUUUUGGUCACGAUUGGGACCCUUCUUGUAUGAAAAUGGAUGAAGUUCUUUAUAGUAUUGCAGAUAAAGUGAAGAAUUUUGCCGUGAUUUAUUUAGUAGACAUAACGGAAGUCCCUGAUUUUAAUAAAAUGUAUGAAUUGUAUGAUCCAUGCACUGUGAUGUUUUUCUUUCGGAAUAAACACAUUAUGAUCGAUUUGGGUACUGGUAAUAACAAUAAAAUUAAUUGGCCUUUGGAGGAUAAACAAGAAAUGAUUGAUAUCAUUGAAACUGUUUAUCGAGGGGCUAGAAAAGGACGAGGUUUAGUGGUUUCCCCGAAAGAUUACUCUACCAAAUAUAGAUAUUAAUUUAUUAUAAUUGUAUUAGAAUAAGGAUUAAAUUAAAGUCGAGUUUUAAAAUAA